UUUGUAUUAGGCCCCCUUCCUUUCUCUCUCUUAAAAAUAAUUUAUCAGUUUCUCUCUCCUCAUCAUCAUCGUCACUUUGAGGAAUCUAACAGUUGUGCCCAACGCAAACAACCACAUUGCAUUACCUCUUUCAACAAUGGAGACAACAAUGGCGGUCCCUCCGUGGCUUGAGCCGCUUUUUAAGGCCGAUUUCUUCACAGUUUGUCGGAGCCACCGUGGCGCCACCAAGAGUGAAUGUAAUAUGUACUGUUUGGAUUGUAAUGUCGAUUCAUUUUGCUUACACUGCCGAUCAUCCAAACAUAAAGAUCAUCGGGUUAUUCAGAUAAGAAGAUCAUCCUACCAUGAUGUGGUGAGGGUUUCGGAGAUUGAAAUGGUUUUAGACAUAAGUGGAAUUCAAACAUAUGUGAUAAACAGUGCUAGGGUUUUGUUUCUUAAUGAGAGACCACAGCCCAAGGCAGGGAAAUCAGUUUCACAUAUUUGUGAAAUAUGUACAAGGAGCCUUUUGGACACUUCUCGUUUCUGCUCAUUGGCCUGCAAGCUUGAAGGGAUAAAAAGAAAUGGUGAUGCAAGCUUUGUCUUAGAGGGCAAGAAUAUUGAUGCAGAAGUAGAUAGAAGAAGAAGAGGAGGAGAAGGGAUGCCUAGAAUGACAAUUUCAUCAUCAAGGGAAAAUGAAGAAGGAUUACAACAAGCCAUAUACCCUCCCACAACUCUUUCUAGUUCAAGGAGAAGAAAGGGCAUUCCUCAUAGAGCACCAUUUGGCUCUUAAUUAAUUUGAAGUAAUGAUUUAAUAUAGUGAAGUA